GGUCGUUCGCUUCAACCUCAUUUGGUUUUCGCUUCCCGCUUGCUCUCCGGAUCCACCUACGAAUCACUAUCUGAACCGAUCCGUCGCCCCCAUGGCGAUCAACGCACUGACCAACAGUCAUCUCAUUUCGGUCCUUUUGCCAUCGGCGCUGGUUUCGGUUUGCUCUGGUGGUAUCUGUUUCCAAAUGAAAAGUUCGAAUCAUCACCCACCUUCCCACUCACUGUCUACUGUGCUGAGAAGGUGAAACCACAACCGUCCAAGGAGAGGCUGUCCGCCAUUCGUUCAUUGGAUGUGGUAGCCGAUGUCGCUCAAGAAGUGCAACCCGCUGUUGUGUCUAUCACCAGUAGAGAUAAAGGAUUCCUUUCACGCCAUAUACAAUCUUCCGGUUCGGGAUUUAUUAUUGAUGACUCUGGACACGUAAUUACUAAUGCACAUGUUGUGGGUUAUCGAUCAGAUGUGUUUGUGCAUUUAUCCGAUGGACGUUCCUAUCCGGGUCGUGUUUUAGCCGUGGACGUCUCUUCUGACUUGGCUCUUAUUCAAUUAGAUGUCAAACCUGAAACUGCUCGCUCUCUACCUCAGCUGCCGCUUGCACGAGACCUGAAAUCUGUGCGCCCUGGUCAUUUCGUGCUCGCUUUGGGCAGCCCGUUGAUGCUGGCUAACAGUGUGACUGUGGGCGUGGUUUCCGCGUUGGACCGAGAUCUGGGGCAUUCCGAAGGAUUGAAAUAUAUACAAACUGAUGCUAUCAUUACCGUAGGUAACUCCGGUGGUCCAUUGGUGAACCUUUACGGGGAGGUAAUUGGUGUUAACUCUAUGAUUGCGGGUAUCGGAGUGGGGUUUGCCAUCCCGGUCGAUCAAGUACGCAAAUUUUCGGAACUGGCGUUGCAGGCAUCCCAGCGUGCUGAAAAAUCUGCUCACGGUACUCCUGAGGUAGCUGGUGACUCGUACAUAUUGACGGAAUCUGGAUCACCACCUCGUGGGGCACCACAACGUCGAUAUCUCGGUCUAGUUAUGCGAACUCUAACUCCUGAGUUAGCCUUUGAAUUGGCCUCACGUGGUGGACCACAAUUUCUUGAAAUCACUGAAGGUGUCCUCAUUCACGCCAUUUUGCGUAACUCCCCAGCUCAGAAAGCCGGUCUUAGGGCCGGAGAUGUAAUCGUUGCUAUUGAUGGACUACCUAUAACAAAUGCACAACAAGUUUACGCUGCGGCGGAGAAUCGAGAUGAGCUCACGAUUACCAUCAUUCGACGCGGUCAGCGUCUCACUAUCAGUGGUGUGAGAACAGAGAAAGUUUGA